GCGAGGCAUGCCGUGACCAACCAGCGACCACAGACAUGCAGCUUUGUGCCUGACGCCAGCGCACCAGCUCGUAGGCUCCACGAGCAGCAAGUAACUAGCCCCAAGUCUCCCACAGAAAAAAAUGUUGUCCAGAUCCUGCACGCUCUGGAAAACACUGGUUUUCACAUGUUUAACAGUGCUUCUUGCAGAUUUUACUGAAAUCGGAGCUUUUGCCAGCCCAAGUGACUGUGACAGUGCAACCGUACAGGAUGUGAAUGAGAGUCUUGGGAAAUAUUCAAAAUGCUUUCAUGAAAUGAUCGCCAAGGGUGAAAAAGCUUCAAUCAAUUUCCUCGCCUGGACACUGCAAGACAUACUUGAUCUCCUGCGCCCUGCUCAAGAGAAAUUCUGCAAGCAGCUGCCUCCGUGCCCACUCCCACUAGCCCCUAGAAACGGUGGGCUGGUGUGUGUCACCAUUGACAAUGCUCAGUACUGCAAACCCAUGUGCAACAAGGGUUAUGACUUUCAAUUCCUCAGAAGAAGUAGACUGUAUGAAGUAUGUGGCAACGGCACUGGGUUUUCCUGGACAACACAGCUUGUCGGGGGAAAGGCACUGGCUGUUUGUAACCCCUCUGAGACAGCCAUCAGUGGGGCUAAAUCUGCCUAUUUCCCCACCAACAGCACCUGCCUGCGCACGUUAGCCAGCACUGAAACUGAGACAGAGCAGCUAAACAUCUUCCUCAAAGAACUUGGUGAGCAGGGCAUCGACAUCUCCAACCGUGACAAGGAGGCUGGUUGUAUCAUCUGUGGUUACUAGCACCAAAAAUCUUGUGCCACAGAACAACCAGCCAUUUGCAAUUUGACAUGGGUAUUUUGACAAGUGACGUAGAGCCGUGAAAUCAUUGCUAAGACAUGUAAAUUUACAGCUUUUAUUUAGUUAAAAUAGUAGAGAUCAUAGUGAUCAUUUGACCUCAGCUCUUGGGUAGAGAUAUAUAGGGUAAACAUACUCACACAGCUCAUGUGGCGGAGGUGUUUCAAAGAUCACUUUUAAGGCUUAAAUUUGUCUAGCUGGAAUUAAAUAAGAGUUAGAGUUGUUUAAUGGACGUAGUCAUUAUUUGAACACAAUAAUUGUUAUCAGAAACCACUUUCUGUCAGGGGUCAUCUUUACUGAAAAAGAGCCAUAAUUUUAGUUGGUUUUACAGUUGCCAAUUAAUCACUAUUGUUUCUUUGAUGACCAUUAAAGCAAUGCAAGUGACAACA